GGUGUGAUGAGCUAACGCUUUAACCACAAGGCUACCAAUUGGUAAUAUCAUUCAAAUUUGAAACGUUUGAAAAUAACUGCUGAUACCAGGAGAGCUUUAUAUUUUCAUAUAAGUAAGAUGGCUAUGUGAUAAAUCGGGAAGAACAAUAAACAUGAUGAAGCACGAGGCAUGGUUUAUUUCACGAUAAAACAUUGUUCUGUAAUGAUGUCAUUUCUGGAUAUUCAAAUAAGCCUCGUAAAUUGGACGACUCUAUUUUUUAGAGGGAAGUGUCUUGUGAGUUGUUUAUGGAUGUAGCUGUGCAAUGUAGAUAAACGCAAUGGUUGAAUGAUCGAGAGAGACAUGACAAUCGGUAUUGGGAGAAAAGGUACAGAUAAUCGUCAUGAAAAUUGUGAGAAUAUGUAGGAAAGACUAAAUUUUACCUCCACUGUUCAUGUGGUCAAAUUGUCUUGUCCAAUAUUGCCGAGGUCAGAUUCUGUUCUGGGAAUCAUCAUACAGGUGCAACAGUUUGUUGGAUGAUGCCAUGAUGGAUGAAAUGACUCAUUGACUCUGUGUUAGCUAUGAGGACUAGUACAAGUUUCUAGGCAGAAGAACUUAUGCUGGAAUGGCCUGUGAGUCGUCCACUCUGAUGCACUUGCCGUCUGAGAUACUUCUGCAGGUGUUUCAACAUGUAGACCACAAAGACCUGAUAAACUUGUCCUUCGUCAGCAGCCUGUUCCACAGCGUUGCUGCUGAUGACUCUCUCUGGAAGACACAGUGUGACAAAUGUUUCUUGCUGCAGGAAUGCCCUGAGGAAAGUUCAUGGAAGGAGUUGUUUGUCAAGUAUUAUGGAAACUAUGGCGAUGUCCUCGGUGUCUACCAAAAGAUUCGCACAGCAUGGAACAAGAUCAUGGGCUACCUGAAGAAGUAUGACAAGGUCAUCACUGGCUCGCUCCUGCCUCCAGCCACUGAGGAACAGUUACGGGAGGCAGAGAAUAAACUGGGUUGCCGUUUCCCCGAUGAUAUGAGGUGUUCCCUGAAGAUUUAUAAUGGACAGAAACAAGGGGCUGGGCCAGGGUUGCUUGGCUGUAUUGCAAUAUCAACUCACUUCAGAUCAGAAAAACUCUUGGAUUGCAAAACUAUUGCUGAGAAUUUCUCUGUUACGGACGAUGCCCCCCUCCCCGGGUGCACGCCCAUCACCUACUGCUGCAUGACACAGCGCUGCCAGCUGAUGAGCUUCAGGGACGAGUUUGGCAUUCCCAAUGGUCAGAUAUUCUUCCCCUGUGCAGAUGAAGAUUCGAAAGACGAUGAUCUGGAUGCGUUCAUAUGUGGCAACAACUACACGGAAUGGCUGGAGGAGCUAGCAGAGAUUAUGGACAAGGAAAUCUUCUACAGAAUCAGGGGCUGUCAUUUCAGGUUUCUCGAUGUACCUGACUGUGUGAGUGUAACAAGAGGCAUGUUCACAGUGAAGGCAGGCUCAUGCUUUAUGCCAGACCUCAGCACCGUUCAUCCCCCAAGCUUCUUCUACGUCUACAGAAUAACGAUGAAGAUGCAUGACGAUGCCCCCGUGUAUGAGUCCUGUCAGCUGGUGUCACGGUACUGGUCCAUCACUGACAUGGAUGGUAAUGAGGAAAUUGUGGAGGGACCAGGAGUUGUAGGUGAAAACCCAGUUCUGAUUCCUGGAGAGGAAUAUUCUUGGGAGAGUGGAACGACAUUCCCUACAACAUAUGGCAACAUGAAGGGCUAUUUCACUAUGACAAGUCUCAAUAAAGACACCGAAUUCCGCAUAGAGUGUCCAGUGUUUCACAUGAAAUGUCAGCCUUACGAAACGUCAGCGCAGCGGAAGGAGAGAGUCGAAGAAAGAAAGAAGAAUUUGUAAAUAGCUCCAGGAUGUCCUUCAGCUGCAUGAUGUUUAGCAGGAUUACUGCGGACACAAUCUCCCUGAUCUGAACACCCAGGCCCCGUCUCGGUCGAAGUGACGAUGGGUAGCGAGCGACGAGAUAUCAAAGUCGGGAUGGGGAUGCGGGAGUGGAACCGGAAGGUGGUUGGACUGAUGUGGAUCGGAGAUCAGCAGCCAGCAGAGACGGAGAUGCUGAUUCAUGUUGUACACAGGCACAGAGACACAAAGAUGACAUUCAUGUGUGCUCAAGAAUCUGUUCCAUUUCUGGUACUUACAGGAUUAAAACAGUGCUGUUACUGUGAACUCAAUAAGAACAUGUACAAUUUUAUGGAUAACAACUUCUGGUUCAUUGCAUUUGGGGAUGUUUUGAUGUAGAUUCUUAUCUACUCACCAUCUUCCAGAAUGCCAAUCAAACAGUUGCUGUGAACGUGAUAUCGGAGCCCACAGAUAUAUCUUUCAGCAUGUGGCUUGUACCUUAUGCUCAUGUCAUGAUUACACCAGCUUCAAGAAUCUUGUUUUCAUUGGUUUGGUUCGUACACAACAGUCACAAAGUGUCUAUUUUGUU